AGUUGCAUGUACGGCACGAUUGACAUUCGACGAUAAAUCCUGGUAAAUUUUGUCAGCGUGCCUUUUUAGAGCAACAGAUUUCUUUAAGUUUUUAACGCGCUCAUUAUGCGUUAUUAUGCGUAAUUUUCUCAACUCAAAUCUCUUGGAAAUUGUAAAUGUUACAGAGGAUGUGAAGUUGGAAGAAACUACCAUGGAGCUGGAGUCUUUGGAAUUGGCUAACAAAGAAACGGAGGAGAAGCUAGUAGAGCUGCGUAAUCAGGUACAAAGAUAUAGUACAUCUAGUCUGCAUUCCAUCCAUUCCGAAGACCUGAUAUGUCUGAAGAAGAUCCAUCAGCUUGCCGAAGAGGAACUCGACAUGAAAAGUUGCAUCAAAGAACUGGAAGGCAAAGAAGCUAUGUACAGGCGACAGAUGAAACAAUUUCUACCUUGUGAAAAAUAUCAGCAUGAUAAAGAAAAGAAAACUUGCUGCUCAUGUCCAAUGUCGGUAACAUUAGACGCUUAUGAGCAAACGCCGAUGAAGUCGUUUCAAACAUGUCGCUUGCUGAAUCUGCAUGAAAAUUUAGGCCCAUCAUUUUCACCUUACAUCUCGCUGAAUAGUUGCGCACCGUGUUCAGCCACGAAAUAUAAGACCAGCAAUUGUCGAGCAUCUUCCAUCUCGAAGACAGAUGUGUCACGUUCUCCCAAAUAUUUGGUACAUUCUUCCUUGCCAUGUGACCCCGGUAAAACAUGCAACGCGUGUGAAACUUCUACUCCUUGCGACCAUAUCGAUACCUGUCAAUACAAAUGCAAAAAGAAACGCACGUACGAAUUAUCUACUGCCUUAUGUAAUUGCAAUAUUCCAUCGUUGACUCGCAUGGCCCGUACAUCAAUGGCUUCAGAGACGUUGCGUUUGGGACCAGGAAUAGAUGACGGCACUAGCGACGAGGAAUUUUGUGAGUGCUGCAGCUGUGACGAUGGCAAUGAGGAAUCAACGUAG